AAGUACGGUAGAAACCGGACAUGUCGUAAAGCUCGCAGCUGAUAUAAAGACGUGGUUUGUUCCGGAGAAAAGUGGAUUUAGCCUCUCCACCGAGGGCGGAUUUUAACGGGAGCAAACGGGCUUUUAACUAUGAAUAUUGCACAUUUUCGAAGUAGAGUAUUUAAUUUAUCUGUACAAUGAGAGAUUUGUGUGUUUUCCUGUGGGAACUGGGUGCUGUAAUGCCGACCAGCUCGCCUUCGACUGAAGAAACAAUGCAGGCCUAGCUAGCCGAGGCUAAUCCGGCCCAACGCACCGCAGUGGGAUUUAAACCGUGGACGGAGCUGUGAUUUAAAAACUUUUGUAGCGACAUAACACGCAAUGAGUUCCCAGCUCCAAGUCUUCUCUCCCCCCUCCAUCUCCUCCAGUGCCUUUUGCCGAGUGAAGAAGCUCAAGGUGGAGAGCAAUGUCUGGGACGUCUCCACCACUGAGGCCUACAGCUCCAUAGCCGGCCAGUCGGCGUACGCCUUCACCCCCGCCAUGGCCGUGCCUCCCUUUGCGCCGUCGCUCGUCUUCCCUCCCGCGGCCACCGGCUCCAGGGGUCAAGUGGUGGUGCGAGCAGCCGACAGCACGGGUAGUCUUCCUCGCGGGUCCAGCCGACGCGUCGCGGAGCAGACCGCCUCCUCUUACAACCACGAGACGUCCGCGGAAGCGAGGAGCCAAAGGCACGGCCAGAAGAGGAAGAUCGAGGAGGCCAGCGAGGGCAGCGGGAGCGGCUGCGGCAGCGUUCAAAUCCUGGAGGAGCUCUCGGCUCCGGCCGCGGCGUACUCCACCCGUACGGGCGGCGGGGGGGGAGGGGGCACGGGCCAGUCCAUCCCUCACUCGGCUCCCACCACCAAGAGCAGCAGCUCGAACGGCGAGGGGGAUUAUCAGCUGGUGCAGCACGAGAUCCUCUGCUCCAUGGCCUCCAGCUAUGAAGUGCUGGAGUUCCUGGGGAGGGGCACGUUCGGGCAGGUGGCCAAGUGUUGGAAGAGGGGCACCAAUGAGAUCGUGGCAAUAAAGAUCCUGAAAAACCAUCCUUCAUAUGCUCGUCAGGGACAAAUCGAGGUGGGCAUCCUGAAUCGGCUGAGUGCGGAGAACGCAGACGAGUACAACUUUGUGCGCUCGUACGAAUGCUUCCAGCACAAGGGCCACACCUGCCUGGUGUUUGAGAUGCUGGAGCAGAACCUGUACGACUUUCUCAAGCACAGCAAGUUCAGCCCGCUUCCCCUGCGACACAUCAGACCCAUCCUGCAGCAGGUGGCCACGGCGCUGAUGAAGCUGAAGAGCCUGGGGCUGAUCCAUGCGGACCUGAAACCUGAGAACAUCAUGCUGGUGGACCCCAUCAGGCAGCCGUACAGGGUGAAGGUCAUCGACUUUGGCUCAGCGAGUCACGUCUCCAAAGCCGUGUGCUCCACCUACUUACAGUCUCGCUACUACAGGGCUCCAGAGAUCAUUUUGGGCCUGCCGUUCUGCGAGGCCAUCGACAUGUGGUCUUUGGGCUGCGUGAUCGCUGAGCUGUUUUUAGGCUGGCCGCUCUACCCCGGGGCCUCCGAGUACGACCAGAUUCGGUACAUUUCUCAGACUCAAGGCCUGCCGGCCGAGUACCUCCUGAGCGCCGGCACAAAGACCAGCCGCUUCUUCAACCGAGGCCCAGACUCCAGCUACCCGCUCUGGCGGCUUAAGACACCAGCAGAGCAUGAAAUGGAGAUGGGCAUCAAGUCGAAGGAGGCCAGGAAGUACAUCUUCAACUGUCUGGAUGACAUGAUGCAGGUCAACCUGUCGUCUCACCUGGAGGGGACGGACAUGCUGGCCGAGAAAGCUGACAGAAGAGAGUUCAUAGAUCUCCUGAAACGGAUGCUUCGUCUGGACGCCGACAAGAGGUUCACUCCCACCAAAACCUUGGGUCACCCCUUCGUCACCAUGAGUCACCUGAUAAAUUAUCCGCACAGCUCGCAUGUCAAGUCGUGCUUCCAAAACAUGGAGAUCUGCAAACGUCGGAGCGCGUACGACAGCAGCAAGUCUCUGUACUCGACCAAUGCCGUUCCUAGCGCUGCCGCAGGAAACCUCACCGUGACCUUCAGCAGCCAGCUCAACCAGCAUAACCAGGUGCCUUCUGCAGGGGGCGCGGUGCCUUUGCUGAACUACCAGCCAGCUCUCUACCAACAGGCGACCAUCAACAUUCCCGGUUUGGCUCAGCAGAGCGUCCCGAUUCCAGCCCGGCCCGCCGGGCUGUGUAGCCAGACAGAACCGUUCCAGCAGACCCUCAUCGUGUGUCCGCCUUCUACUAUUCAAGGGCUACAACCAUCCAAUAAGAGCUCCAGCUUCCCUGUGAGGGUGGAGAACUCUGUACCUAUAGUACCUCAGAACCAGUCGGCUCAGUCCCUGCAGAUCCAGCCCAGUAUGCUCACGCAGGGUUCCUGCACGCCCCUGAUGGUGGCCACCUUGCACCCGCCCCCAGCAGGCAUAGCCCCUCAGUAUUCCCUGCCCCUCGGGCUGGGCCCCGGGGUGGGUCGGCCCACCCUCCUGGAGCACACGGCCACUGUGCUGCAGGCCUGGCCCACUGGUACCCAACAAAUCCUCAUCCCCUCGUCGUGGCAGCAGGUCCCAGGCGUGGCCAUCCACGGCUCCGCCCACCAGUCCAACAUCACCGAGUCCCCCCUGGAAACCAUCCAGUCGGCCGCUGCCGUGCAGACAGGACAAAGCUGGCGAAACGUAAGUCAAGCCAGGACGCAGCAAGAGCGGAAGAAAGGAAAAGCCAGAUGUGGGGAGAACAGGAACAGGGGCGCAUCCACGGCAUCUGUACUAGGCAGCGGCGUGACCCCGCCCACCUCCUCCGCGGCGUUGUCCCAGCCAAUCAUCAUCUCGGACACCCCCAGCCCAGCCGUCAGCAUCAUCACCAUUCACAGCGACACAGACACCGAAGACGAGCGCAAGUUCCACCCCGCCAGCGUUGGACUGAGCCGCACGGAGCGCACCAAUGUCAUCAGCUGCGUAACCGUGCAUGACUCCGACUCGUCCACGGCGAGCCCGCUGACUCCCCGGCCUCGCCACCUGAACGGCCCGGGCUCCCUGUCUUCCCGGCAGGCCAAGUCUCUGGCAGUGGUGGCUCCUUCAGUCAAAGGCCAGCCGUCUGAGCGGGCCGCGGCCUCGCAUGGCCGCGUGGAGACCGGUACUUACAUGAAGCCAAAAAGGUCGUCCAACAGGCAGCCCUGCAGUGCAGGGGAAAGCAUGGACCGAGCUGGGCUGGUCCCAAGCCAGUCACACCCUUUAAACCUCAGCCAGGUUCAGUCGGUGGUUUCUUCCUCCCAGGAGCGUUCGCUGGUCUCCCACAGCAGCUCAUCGCUACACCGCCAGCAGACGUUCCCGCCGACCGUCGCCGCCUCUCACUACAGCUUCCCGGAAGUGUCGGCCCUGGCGCCGGGCUCGGCCGCCGCCGGCCUGUACACCUACCCGGCGUCCACCGCCCUCUCCUCGGCCUCUCAGGCCAUGGAGCAGCUGCUGGCCCGGGGUCACGGCAGCCACGGACACUCCCCCUCCGCCUAUGCAGCAACGUACGCCUCCUCUUCGUCCUCCAGGAGGGACUCAGCCAGUCGCAAGGAAAGCGUCAGCAGCCUGCUGCACGGCCUGCCGGCGGCCUACCAGCACCAGUUCGCCGCCGGCUCCCCCUACGUCAGCGUGACGCCCCGAGCUGAGGCGUACGGCGCCUACCAGCUGAGCCCCAGGCGCCUCGCCCAGUACCCCUACUUAUAGGGAACCGAUGCAAUGAGAGGUAGAGAUGCCACCCCCCCCCCCACCCCACCAGUCGCAUACCGUCACAAAGGGACGUUCAAACUUUAGACUUACCGUCGUGUCACUCGUUUGCUGCUUUUAACCACAAAGCAUUUCAGCCCUCGCUAUCCGAUAGGCUCUUUGGGGCUAUUUUAGUGUAUUUGAAAUGACUUUUGGUAUUAUUUGUAACGUAUCCUAAUAUUUUCCCCCUUGGGCUCAUAUUUUAUCCCCAUCCUAGUCUAUCUAAUUCUAAGACAUUGUGUUCGAUCUGCUUAUCUGUGUGAAGAGAGGUUGUCCUCCUGCCACUAGCAGCAA